ACAAUCAGGCAAGAUAAUACUGAGCGGCGGCACUGAACCUGCAGGACAAAAUGAGCCUUUGCUUUAAAUAUCCGAGAGACAAAUGGAGUGGAAGGUGAUUAACGCAACGAAUUAUCCAUCACAAAGCAUGGAAAUCGCAGCAGAGAUGAUUGGGACACUGCUUCUGGGAACGACUGAUCCCCUCUGAUCAUGGCAUUCCAGGAGAGGAGUAAACUGGGAGAAUUGCACGCAGAGCUUAGACCAACAUGUGCUGCAAAUGUUUGAGCAGUAAUCCAUUGCUUAACAAAUGGGAAAGCAGCAGGCAGCAAUUGCUUCUCAGCAGAACUGUUCAGAGCAGGAAAGCAUCCCUGCCCAAUGGCUGCACACAAAAUCAGGCUCUGAGAGCACUGCUGCUGAGCCCCAAACAGAGCAGAGUAAAAUCACCAGAGCAUGAAAUUCUGCUGGAAUUACUCUCCACGCACCUUGGAGACUGGCCCCAGCAACUGGGUGUGCAUCCUCAGAUACAUAUUUUACUGCCCUUUAAGCAGUAAACAUCCACCGGGCCCAGCAAGCAGCAUUGUGCAAGCAGCCUGUUUUGUUGGAUUCUGUUUUGUUGCUGCUCAAACUCACAGUCAAUCUUCAGUGAUUUACUGAGGAGGAUUGGGCACACCAGAAAUCAUUUUAUUUCAUCAUCUCUGCCAAAGGAAUUCAAUAGUUUACACUACCCGCCAUUGUGAAAGAUGCUGUUCGAGUCUGAAUGUCCCCUCCGGGUAAUCAUAAAAGGAUGCCUGACUCGUAUCUGAGCAGAAAAAAUAGCGAAGCCCCUGUCUGCACCAGCAGGAGAGGGGAAAAGGAUUAUUCCGAUGUCUUUGCUGAUAGCUGUCUCGGACAUUUCCCAUCUCUGCUGUUCCUCAGUACCAUUGAGGGCUAUAGACAUUAUUACAACAUGUGGAAGCUCUGAUGUUUCUGACAAUUAGCUGUGCUUUAUGGUAUAUUUGAUCAGUGUAACAUACAAUGGGUAAAUAUUAAUCUGGAGGCACAGGGAGGCAGAAAGCAAUGGAAGGGUUAAGCUGCCUUUAUUUUUUGCCAGCAAGUAUACAUCCUCUGUUCCCCAUCCACCCCCGUAAAGUACAAAAUGUAGCAGAUGUUUGCGAACAGCUAGCCUGAUCUAUCAGCCUUUACAUAAAUGAAGGCUGAGUUACUGAAGGAGAAGGCAGAAUAAUGUUUACAAGAGAAGAGCAAGAAGAUUUCCGACACCUGGGCAACUUAAUGAUGGCAGAUGGCAAAAGCUGAAGGCAAAGAGAAUCAGCAACGUGCACCAGCAGCUGUUGAACAAACGGGGAGGAAGAGGGCCUCCUCCAAAACUGCGCGGGAAGGAUUUAAUGCCCGCAGUUGGGUAAGGGUGAGAGCGUCAAUAUGCAGAGAGAGGAGCCCGUGCUUUAACUCCUCAGAUAACUAUCGUCAGAAGUACCCAGUGGACUGUCAACCGAGGAGAUUUUCACAGCAAGAAGCCAUCUAUUUGCAUCAAACAGUGUCAGCCUGCAAGGCAGAGACUUCUGGGUCAUUUAACAGUGCUCCAGAUGUAGUCAUUUUCUCCGAGGCGAGCGGCUCAAAAAGAGCAAUGUGAGAAAGAGCCAGUCGGCAUGGAAAGGGGACAAUCAAGCAGCAUGUGGAAGUGAUUAACCACUCUGUGAAAGGUAACUCAGUUAAUGGACAGAGCUGCAGGACACCUGGCUGUCCGUGGUGCUCAGCACAACAGAGACUGCAGGGCUGGAGCCAAACACAGGGCUGCAAAGCGAUUUCUGGCUUUGCACUAGUGCUGUAUUAUGACCAGAUUAUGACUGGUCACCCGGCAGCCUGGCUGAGCGUGUGCACUCCAAAGCUGCAGCAGACACAGCGUUGACUGUUGUACCACAGGAAAGAGAACAGAGAGCAUCUAGAGAUGUAAAUGAAGGCACUGACAUCAACUGACUUUCUUAGUAAUUCUUUCAUGGAAAAGCCAGGGGUGGGAUUACAAUGUGUAGCCAAGAUCAACAUGAGGAUUUUAUCUCCCGCCAUACUGGACUCACCCUUUCUAUGGAAUAUCUGCCAUCAGCAAAGCUCAGUUCUGACUUCAGGCUCCUCAAAGCCCAAGAGUAUCUAGAUGUGCAUGACAGAAUUUGGCUUCUUUUACAGGAUUAUUCUGGCUAAAACUAACUUUACUGUCUAAAACUCCCUGAAAGGAGGUUAUAGCAAGUCAGAGGUUAACCUCUUUUCCCAGGUAACUAGUGAUAGGAUGAGGGGUAAUGGCCUUAAGUUGCACUAGAGAAAGUUCAGGUUGGAUAUUAGGAAAAAAUUAUUCUCUGAAAGAGUGGUGAGGUAUUGGCAGAGGCUGCCCAGGGAGCGAUGGAGUCACCAUCCCUGGAGGUGUUCAAGAAACAUGGAGAUGUGGCACUGAGGUACAUGGCCAGUGGGCAGUACUGGUGGUUGAUGAACAAUUGGACUAGAUGAUCUUAGAGGUCUUUUCCAGUCUUAAUGAUUCUAUGAUUCAUUUAUGCUGUAAUUAUACAUUCUUAAUGCACAGCGUUACCUGCUGUGCAUGUUGCAUCUGCAGCCCUGUCAGUCUAAUGCUGUGCUGACCCAGCAUGGAAGAGCCAUCAUCAUUGCUCCAAUGUCUUCAGCACGUGGCUCGCACCAAGUACCUAUGCAUUAACGAGUCUCCCUGCUGCUGUUUCAAAUCCAGACAUGUUUUGAAGAGCACGCAGCAAGUGAGUAGAAAGAGUGCUGUCUGAGAGGUAUGCAAUUUCAAAACAAAUUCAAAGUGUUCCUAGAGAAUUUAUCACCACAGGAGGAGAAAAGGUUAUUGUAUGUGUAACCUGCAGCUCUAAUUAUAUUGUGUACUUCCCUUGCGCAAUUAGAAAUGUGUAACAGAUAGUUACACUUCCUAGUUAUGUUUCUAUCAAAUUCUUGUUAUAAUUAGGAUGACUCACAAUGAAAUUAUGCAUUAUUUGUUCCAUUUGUUAUAUUGUUUGACUUAAAAUCAGCAUGCAAACUACAAAUCUCCUGAAUUCUUCCUCUCCACCUCUCCUUGGUUGUUUCCUACACACACAUCUAUCAGGUAGACAAAAGCCUUUUUAAAUUGUUGCAAUUCCUUUGCAAGCAAUAGGCUUUCUCAGAGAGGGUUUGCUGCAGACCACAGCCACUGAUAUGCAGCUCCUGUUGCAUGUCUGUAAUAUGCAUGUAAUAUGCAUAUCCUGUUGCAUAUCCUGUAACAGUUGCACCUGUUGUCAGAGUGACUUUAACUUAUGACAGAGGGUCUCCUUUGGGAUCACCGUGGCAGGGAGGUUCAGGAAUUCUUUAUUGACCACGCAAGGGGAGCUGAGAGCCAUCCAUUCUUUAUGAGCCACCUUGCAUACACAGGUGGGGAACAGUGCCCAUAGAUGGCAGUGAUCCCCUGCUACAGCCUACCAGUAAACACUAUUGUCUCCACUUCAGCACUGAAAGCUCUCAAAUGGUUACCAACAAAGUCAGAACCCCCAGGUCUGUGUGAUUGCAGCAGGAAUGUCUGAUGCCUCUUGUACUGCUGUGCCAUCCCACUCAUAAACCAGCGGCACAGUGAGCCCCUAAGUGAGACAGGUGUGUAUCGUUCAGGACAAGGAGAACUUUUCUUUCCUAACUUUUUUCUUCUCCCUUAAGGAUAACUUUAGUGCUUAGGAAGUUGCAGAAUAGGAGGUAGAGGAAUAUUUAUUUAAAUGAUCACAAAAUUUGUCACUGUGCACAGUAUGUCCGCUUUAAUCCUAGGGUCAUGGACAGAAUGGUACCAAAAGUUCAGGCAGGUGCUGGUGAGAAGCCGAGUGCCAAAUGUUUCAGGCUGCCUCCAGCCUCUGUGCCACUGCUGCUGGAGGUGCAGCUGCACUGGUGGCUUUUCCUUUUGUCCACUAGGGACCACACUGGGACCAGCAACUCCGGACUGACGGCAGAUGCUAGCCAACGAGUUUUGAUCUGUCCUCACCAGGCUGGUUAUGAAGUAGCAGGCAAGGAACAAAGAGCUCAGCAGGGCAGUAAUAUUUCUGACCUGGGACGUAGGGAUGCACGCACAUGCACUGAAAACAGCAGUCUGGUAGCAUCCUGUUACAACCCCUCUUCCACACACCACAAAUACCACACGGUUUGUGUUUCUUCCAUUCAUUACUAUCCUGCAUUCUGGCGACUUGCAAAUUUAGGCUGCAAGACCCUCUCUGCAAAUGGUAUUUUACCUUUUGGGAAACACCGUCUGCUUCUGUCCCGUGUAAUUCCAGCAACUGGCACAGUCCCUACAUCCCCUUAUUCCCCUCCUGCCUCAUGUGCCCCACGUAGCUCCGUGAGCUCUCAGCUCCCCACCUCCCAGCUCAGCCCCACUCAGGUGCUGCUGCCCUCAUUUUGCUGCUUGCAUCGGUUUCAGGAGCUCCAGUCCCUUCCUUCCGUUCCCCGGAGCAGCUUUCCCUUUAGUUUCCAAACAAUGUGUGAAGCCCAGUUCUGCAGGCACAGGAGCCUCAGUGAGUUUAAGGAUGACUGAAGCUAUUUCCUCUCCUGGGGAGGUUUAAAAGCCGCGGGGGGAUGCGUGGGGUGAGAGCGAUCGCCGCGUUUCCAGCAGCCGCCCUCUCCCAGCGCUGAAUCGCGGCAAGAGCAGUAUGCCCAGCCUGGGUGAAUAAACCCUCCCGAGAGCAAUGCCUUAAAGCCCUGCAAACAGCCUUAAGUGCGCUGGAGAUAACUAAUUUCAAGCAUGGCUGUCUAGUGUGCCUGUCAUUCCCAUUGUCCUUCCAAACUAUCUCAGACAUUUUGAGCGGGGAGCACCCAGCUAUGAGUUAGUAGGGGUUGUGACACCGAUGGUCCAAAGGGGUUGGAGCACCGGGAGGGGACGAUGACAGCGCUUAACAACUGGUGGCACUUUGGAGGAUACGGCUGGAGCUCUGUUUAUUAACAAUUAGGCUUCGCCUCGGAGGAAGAUGUGACAGCUGUCGGAGGUCCUUCCAUCGUCCCACUGCAGCAAGCAAAGCCAACACUGGGCAACGCUCUAAAAUGUUUAUUUGGACCAGUGGCCGGAGCUCUACAUCUUACAGACACGAUGAGAAAAGAAAUAUUUACCAAAAAAUCAGGGAUCACGAUCUACUGGACAAAAGGAAAACAGUCACAGCCCUAAAAGCUGGAGAAGACCGGGCCAUACUCCUCGGGCUGGCCAUGAUGGUGUGCUCUAUCAUGAUGUACUUUCUCCUGGGAAUCACCCUGCUGCGGUCCUACAUGCAGAGCGUCUGGACAGAAGAGGCUCAGUGCUCGCUUCUCAAUGCAUCCAUCACCGAAACCUUCAACUGCUCGUUUAGCUGCGGCCCAGACUGCUGGAAAAUCUCUCAGUACCCCUGCCUGCAGGUGUACGUCAAUCUCACUUCUUCUGGCCAGAAGCUUCUGCUCUACCACACCGAAGAAACAAUGAAAAUUAAUUCUGAGUGUUCAUACAUACCCAAGUGUGGCAAGAAUUACGAGGAAUCCAUGUCAAUGGUGAACGUUGUGAUGGAAAACUUCCGAAAGUAUCAACGCUUCUCCUGCUUCUAUGAUCCUGAGGGCACUCAGAAGAACGUGAUAUUGACCAAACUGUACAGCUCCAACGUGCUGUUCCACUCGCUCUUCUGGCCCACGUGCAUGAUGAUCGGCGGCGUUGCCAUCGUUGCGAUGGUAAAGCUGACUCAAUACCUUUCUCUCCUCUGCGAGAGAAUCCAAAGCAUCAACAGAUAAGAAUGAAAACUCCUCCAAGAGUUAAUUACAACUAAAAUACUGUUUUCUCAUUCUUCACCAAAGAACCUUAAGUUUGUAAUGUGCAAGUCUGUUAUAAGUUCCUUACUAUGUACUUAUAAGUAGAGCAAUAAUGCAAAAGCUGUUCUAUAUGCAAACAUGUUAUUAUUAUGCAGACAACCGAAAAAAUUACUGUUUGAGUUGAUCAUCUUGUUUGACGCUGAGACUUGUACUUCUUUCUUUUCUACAGCCAGAAUUGGGCUCAGUGUGACCAUUUGCCAAGCUCAGUCAGUUGACUUUUUCAGUGUAAAGGAUGCUGGGGAAAUUCACGCCUGGACAAAGGGCAGCAAAUGACUUGUGCACCACUGAGGUCUCACCUCUGGCUCAGCCCUGCCAAUGGAUUUCUGGUUUUGCCUUUCUACUAUUGGCUGCAGGGGAAAAAAGUAGGGAAACAAAACAGAGGUUUUUCUAUGAGCAGGUGGCACCACACUGACUACUGCGAGGCCAGGAUAAACAUGAGUAUUUUCUGCCUAAGUAGGACUUGGUGAUGCUGUGUGUUAGCUCCCCCAGUUCAGAAGUAAAUUUUACGCUGUGGUAUGUACAGUCUUUUGCAAAACACUUUGGAGUUUUAUUUAUUUAAUGCUGUAUUUUCCUUCUGUUUUACCAACAGCAUCUUUGUCAUCUGCAGAAGCUGUAGCCAAAAAAAAAAAAAAGCAACAAAAAAAAAAACAACCAACAACAAAAAUCACCUUGUUCCAUUUUCUACUUCAGUCUGAGCCCUGCAGAUGGAGACGGGACCAGAACACCUUAUGUAAAGGUUUAUUACUCAUCUGUCGUGUAUUUGCUACCAUAUCACUGUAAAGAAAAAGUAACACAAUCAGCUAUUUUUUCAUUUUUUACUUCCAACUAUUUUAGAUUUUUUUACUUGAUAUAUAUACAGAUAUAUAUAUAUAUAUAAAAAGAAAAGCUAUAUUAUAUCUAGUUGUGUAUCAGAACUUGAUUAUGGGGUGGUGGCUUUUUUGUUUUUACCAGCUGAGAAGUGAACAACGUAACUCAUGUAUUCAUAACCUUCAGCCUUGGAUAAUAUCAUAACGUGGAGGAGCGGCACUGCAGGAUGCCAUCCAAUAUUCAUGAUGUUGUGUCAAGCAAAGGUCCCUAUUGCUGUAACAUCCGAAAUGACAAAAAUCUAAUCCAAUUCUACAGCUCUUAUUAACUGAAUUGUUAGAUAAUAAUCAUAAUGCUUCUGGAAAUCUCUCCUGACCUCAACUCAGUGUGAUGUUCUGGCUGAAGUGAAUUCUCAUUUAAAAUGCCCAGGUGCAAGGAUUUAUUGGAAAAACUCAUGUUUUUUCUAAUAUGUUGUCCUGUCUGUCAUUUAUUUACCAGAGGAAUAUUGCAGGUCUGAUUUCACACACACUAUAGCCAUGAUUUCUGCAUAAUUUGUAUUUAUCCCCCCACAUAGAAAACAUUACUUCUUAUGCUGUGUUUAAAGGCACCUCUCGUAGUUUCUCGCUUUGCACUUAGUCUGUAGGACAAAUGCAGGCUGUGAACUCACUACUCAAUGAUUCAAAGGAAUCAUUUACAGGCCUAUCCAAACCAAGAAACUAACAUUUUUCCCCUCAAAGAGACUGCAAAGCAAAUCUUACGCCUCCUUCAUCUCUAUAUAAGUACUUUUCUGCAACAUAGCAUUAAAAAUUUCAAGAUGUUAUGAAACUUUUCAAGUCAUGCAAGUGUAACACGAGCUGUUUAAAAAAAAAAAAAGAGUUCUAAACAGUGAAAAUGGAGCUGCAAUCUUGUAAUCAGUAGUAUAAUUUUCCUUAGGUAAAUAAAUGCCUGAAGGGCGGGGGGAUAAUCAGGGUUCCAAAAAUAUGUAAUAAAAAUAUUAAAUUAAAUCUUCCAGAUUUCAAUA